GCCAAAGCAGAUGAGACAAGCCUACUCAUAUUCUGAUCCAAGCUGAUGAACUAGAUUCUUCAUGUACGGAAUGCUUAUGAAUAUUCUUUUUCUCAGGUUCAGAACACAACUUCGUUGAACUAGCCUAAGCCCCCAAAUUAAGCCAAGGUUUAUUGUUCGGGUGGUUUUGUCUCACAAUUCUGCUUCUCCGCCUCGUCUCCGGGCACAUACGGUAUCGAGUCCGGCCAGACGCCGGCAACUCAGGCGGAGCUGGAGUGCAACUAGCAGCUGAUGGUUUGAGCAUGGCUCUCUUAUCUGAUGUACACACCAGUCUUCAGAGUCCAGAGGCUGGUGGGGAGUCGUUCUUUGUCAGGGGGAGCUACCUGUACUACCACUAUGCUUGUGAUGGUUUUAAAGAUCAGGGAUGGGGCUGUGGAUACCGCACCCUCCAAUCUCUCUGCUCUCACAUCCGCAUCGCCAAGGAGGUGAAAGGGGCGACGGGGUGCCGUGGUGACGAACCAACCUUGAGAGAAAUCCAAGAGGCUUUGGUUGCUAUGCAGGACAAACCUGAGAGCUUUGUCGGGUCGAGGGAGUGGAUUGGCUCGUUUGAGGUAUCGCUAUGUCUGGAUUUCUUUCAUGAUGUAAGUGGAAAGAUCAUCCAUCUAAGUUCUGGCAGUGACAUCCCUGGCAUAGUUCCUGACCUGGUUAAACAUUUCAAGACACUAGGCACAGCUAUUAUGAUGGGUGGAGACAGUGAUGCAUCUUCUAAAGGAAUCUUUGGUGUUCAUCUCGGUGCUUCACGUUCAUAUCUCCUUGUCUUAGAUCCUCACUUCACUGGUCAUGCAACGGUAGAGGAACUCAUCAAGAAGGAAUGGGUAUCCUGGAAACCGAGUGAUUCCUUCAUGGCAAGCUCUUUCUACAAUCUAUGCCUUCCGCAGUUCAGUAGUGUCUCAGAUGGAUGAU